UCAACUAGGCAUACAGAAAGCUGGCCAAGGAAUACCAUCCUGAUAAGAAUCCAAAUGCAGGAGACAAAUUCAAAGAAAUAAGUUUUGCCUAUGAAGUAUUGUCAAAUCCAGAGAAACGUGAGUUAUAUGAUAGAUAUGGAGAACAGGGCCUUCGAGAAGGUAGUGGUGGAAGCAGUGGAAUGGACGAUAUUUUCUCCCAUAUCUUUGGUGGUGGAUUGUUCAAUUUCAUGGGUGGUCAGAGUAGAAGUCGUAAUGGUAGAAGAAGAGGAGAAGAUAUGAUGCAUCCACUCAAAGUCUCUUUAGAAGAUCUGUAUAAUGGCAAGACAACUAAACUACAACUUAGCAAGAAUGUCCUUUGUAGUGCAUGUAAUGGGCAGGGAGGGAAGGCUGGAGCCGUUCAGAAAUGUAAUGCUUGCCGGGGUAGAGGUGUACGUAUCAUGAUCAGACAGCUGGCUCCCGGAAUGGUUCAGCCGAUGCAGUCUGUAUGUUCUCACUGCAAUGGAGAAGGUGAAGUAAUUAAUGAAAAAGACCGCUGUAAAAAAUGUGAAGGGAAGAAGGUGAUCAAAGAGGUAAAAAUACUUGAAGUCCAUGUAGACAAAGGCAUGAAGCAUGGGCAAAGAAUUACAUUCAGUGGAGAAGCAGAUCAGGCUCCAGGUGUGGAACCAGGGGAUAUUGUCCUCUUACUCCAAGAAAAAGAGAAUGAGGUGUUCCAGCGGGAUGGGAAUGACUUGCAUAUGACACACAAGAUUGGACUAGUUGAAGCACUGUGUGGAUUUCAGUUCACAUUUAAGCACCUUGAUGGACGUCAAAUUGUGGUUAAAUAUCCUCCUGGAAAAGUAAUUGAACCAGGUUGUGUUCGUGUAGUCAGAGGUGAAGGAAUGCCACAGUAUCGCAAUCCUUUUGAGAAGGGAGAUCUUUACAUAAAAUUUGAUGUUCAGUUUCCCGAAAAUAACUGGAUUAGCCCAGAAAAGCUUUCAGAACUUGAAGAUCUUCUGCCAGCUAGACCAGAAUUUCCCAAUGUAAUUGGUGAUGCAGAAGAGGUAGAUCUUCAGGAAUUUGAUACCACUCGUGGUUCAGGUGGUGGCCAGAGACGUGAAGCUUAUAAUGAUAGUUCUGAUGAAGAAAGCAGCCAUCAUGGACCUGGGGUACAGUGUGCCCAUCAGUAAACGUUUGUCUAAAAAAUUGCACAAGGAUUUUAUUUCAAAUUUUGCCUGACUUGUUUUCAACAAUCCAGCUGGAUUGUAUAAGUAAUCCAGAUGAACCAAUGGACAUCUAUUGCUGUAUGUGUAACUUUUAAAUUGGUCUAUAGUAUCUACAGAGUGUAAUUUAAACUAACCACAAGCUUACAUCUUCAUUUUGAGUGUGUAGCAGAAUAAAGCACUUGAAAGGAAGACAAGACUCCUUUUCACAUGGGUUUUAAGUUUGCCCUCGUAUCUGUGCUUGAUUUUUACCAGUUUUGUGUAGAUUUUAAGUUUCAUUUUUAAAUUCAAACUCUACAUUGUAAAGUUUGUGUACAAUUUGUCCUGAGGCUUGGUAUUUGGCUGCACCUGCAUAAGCUGCUACAAGUAGACUAAAGAAUUUCAUAGCCUGUAUCUAUUAUCUUAGAUGCAUGGUAAAUGGGCUUUGCACAUAAUGGGUUUAGAGCUGACUGGGAACAAUGGAAGAGUAAAUUAGAAGUGGUUGUAAGUUUGGUUUUAUUUUUUUUCUACCAUCUUGUGAACGGUUUCUGAAAUCAAAUAAAAGCAGUUGGUGUAUAAUAUA